AUGGCAAGUUCAGCGUUUGAUUCUGCAGAACACAGCUAUUGCGGAGUUGAGGACAAGUUGAGUUCAUCGAACCAAAGCUACGGAAGCAUCAAAGGAGAAAGAAUGCAAAUUCCGUUUUCUGAAGGGGAAGAUUGGGGAGAAUCCGGGGACAUCAGCUCUUUUUCAUAUUACGGAGUCCAUCACAAUGACAAGACGAAGGAGCAAGCUCCUUUUUCCGAGUAUCAGCAGCGAGAGCAGCUACAACAAUCGUUUUCGGAAUAUGGGCUUCUCGAUAAUCUGCGAUACGACAUUCUCUCUCCGCCGAUCCAGACUUGUCUAGACGAAAUCGCAAAGUUCAGCAGAAUCUCUACCGAGCUACAAGAUAUCAUUGAGACCAGGAAGGACAAGCCCUUCCAGUUUUCUUCAACAUCGCUCGAGCUUCUGAGAAGCUAUGGUAGCGGGAUUAAACGACUGAGCGGGGAUGGGGUACUCGAGCCACACACUGAGCGCAGAAAGACGGAGCUGUCAACUUCUGAAAUGAUAAGGAUUGCUAGCGCCAAAUUUAUCCAGUCGUCUUCUGGGGCAGCCGAUGAUCUUGCGCUGCCAGGCCAUCCUUACUAUUAUUACUUCUCAUGCUUAUCGAAAGACGAGAUAAGGAACGUGCAACUUGCCGAGAUCCUCCUAGCUGCUGCUGAGAAAGUGGGAUGUCAGCAGUUUGAUGCGGCAAGCGAAUUGCUCGACCAGAGUGAUGAGCUGUGCUGCAGCACAGGAAAUCCGGUGGAACGAGUCGUGUACUAUUUUUCCGAAGCCCUUAGGGAGAAGAUCGAUCGGGAAACGGGGAGAGUCAGCAUAAAGGGCCUGGGAAAGAGGAUGGCCCUUGAUGUAGACAAAGACAAAGACAUCAUGAGGCUGAGCCCUCCGUUCAUCGCGACUCACCAACUAGUCCCGUUCUCUCAGAUCCAGCAAUUUCCCGCAAUACAGACCAUCAUGGAGAAUGUGGCAGAGGCUAAGAAAGUUCAUGUGGUUGACUUCAGGAUACAGAGCGGCGUCCACUGGACGGUCCUAAUGCAAGCCCUCGUGGCUCGACGUGAGUGCUCCCUUGAGCUGUUGAAGAUAACGGCGGUAGGUACUUGUUCGCAGCAAGUGAUCGAGGACACAGGUAAAAGGCUGGAGACUUUCGCUCGAAUGUUCAAUGUUCCCUUUUCUUUCAAAAUAAUCAUGUUGCGGGACAUGCUAGAACUCAAGGAAGAUCUUUUCGAUCUGGAUGAGGAAGAAUCCAUUAUUGUCUAUGCCCGGUUCCUCCUUCACACGAUGAUUUCUCGGCCUGAGAGGCUUGAGUCUGUCAUGAAAGUGAUUAAAAAGCUGAACCCAUGUGUGAUGGUGGUUUACGAAAUUGAGUCAAACCACAACUCACCAGCUUUCGUAAACCGGUUCACUGAAGCGCUUUUCUACCAUAGUGCAUAUUUCGAUUGUUUCGAAGAGUGUAUGGAACGAGAUGAUGAGAACAGAACCGUCAUCGAAUCUCUGCACAUAGCCCAAGGAAUUAGGAUCAUACUUGCUGCUGAAGGAGAGGAAAGGAAUAUUCGGCCUGUAAAAGUCGAUGUCUGGAGGGCGUUCUUCAGUCGAUUUGGAAUGGUCGAGGUAGAUUUGGGCAUGGCAUCGCUAUAUCAAGCAGAUUUGAUGGUAAAGAAAUUUUCUUGUGGAAGUUCUUGCACGCUUGACAUGAACAGAAAAUGCCUGAUUAUCGGGUGGAAGGGCACGCCUAUUCAUUCUCUUUCUGCUUGGCGAUUCGAAUAA